AUGGCUUCUACCGGUACUGGAGGCACUUUGCCACCCAACUUUCUCUUGACCCCGCAACAGCAGAACCUGCUCUUCGCUGCUCUCAACUCCAACAAGCAGCAGCUCGCUGGUUCUUCUGCGGACAAUUCUCUGUCACAUUCUCCCACGACGUUCCGCAACACUGCUGGCCAGCCAAAAACCGCUACCGCUACCGCUACAGGUUACCAGGAGAGUCCUUUCCUCGACAAUUACGAUUAUGACUUUGGCGAUUCUGGUUUCGACUUCUCCUUCGCCAGUGAGGACCAGCCUUCCAUGAUUGGGGAUCUUCCCGCUGCUUCAACCGAGCCCAACAACAACUCUGGUUCUGUCGCUCUCUCCGACUCCCCAGAGACUGAGACUCCAGAGAAGCGCAGCUACCCCGACGACGAGGAUGAUGAAGAUAGCCCAGGCCAGGAUCACAAGCGCCGCGAGAGUACCGACAAGGUUCCUAAGAAGCCCGGUCGUAAGCCUCUUACAUCCGAGCCCAGCUCGAAGCGCAAGGCUCAAAACCGAGCCGCUCAGCGUGCUUUCAGAGAACGCAAGGAGAAGCACUUGAAGGAUCUUGAGACCAAGGUUGAAGAAUUAGAGAAGGCUUCGCAGGCUGCCAACCAUGAGAAUGGCAUGCUUCGAGCCCAGGUUGAGCGCAUGACAGCUGAACUCCACCAGUAUAAGCAGAAGGUCACAGUGAUGUCAACUACGAAGUCACUGCCCAGAGAAAAGGUUCCUUUCGGCAGCGCUGCCGUCAGCAACCUUGGCGAUGUUAACUUUCAGUUCGAGUUUCCCAAGUUUGGCAUGCUUCCAGGACCACCUGUCAACAAGACUGGCUCAUCGCCUACAAGCCCAGAUCAGCAAAAGGUCACAUACCCAAGCCCUACCAACAGCCUCAACAACACCACGCAAUCCGCACAACAAUUCAAGGAUGACUUGGCCAAGUUCUCGGGUGUCUUCAGCCCUUCCAUGUCAAGCUCUGCCACCAACCCCUCUCGUGCGAGUGUUGACUCUGCAAACUACAGCGUCAAUGGCGCUUCCAGCUCCCCAUCUGCUUCAUCUCAUUCAAACACUGGUCCCAGCUCUUCUUGCGGAACGUCGCCUGAGCCUUUCAACCAGUCUCCUAUGGGCUUUAAGCCCGUUGAUACGAUGACUACCAUUGGUGAGGAGCAGAUACAUCAGAACAGCAACAACAGCAACCUCAGUCAAUUCGGCAACGUCGAUCUCAACAGCACCAACUUUGACUGGCUGUCACAACAGAAUGGUGGACAGUUUGACCCACAGCUCUUUGGUGAUUACCGCGAGCCUCAAGAAAACGUACUGGCAAACCCAUCCUUCGACGACUUUUUCAACGAUGCUCUUGAUAGCGAUUUCUUUACUCCUUACAACAUGGCUCCUAACAGCCCCAACGCGCAUCUCAAUGGCCAGGCGAAGAAGCCAUCGAACCUGAUUGAUCAGAUCGAUGCUCAAAAGGAGUCCGAUGACGAACCUCUUAAGAAGCAGAACAUGAACUGCAACCAACUUUGGGAGAAACUUCAAGCUUGCCCCAAGGCUCAGAACGGUGAAUUUGAUCUUGAUGGCCUCUGCUCCGAACUUACCAAGAAGGCUAAGUGCUCUGGCACUGGUCCUGUGGUUGCUGAGACCGACUUUGACACCAUUCUGCAAAAAUAUAUGGGCAAAGACGUCUCAAGUAGUUGUGUCGCUCAACAGUUGGGUGUGGAAAUAAAGUCGAGUGAACCAAAGCAAGAUAAGCAUCUUGGUCUGUCAAUUUGA